AUGGGCUUGGCAGGGCCACUUGAUGCACUUGAUUUCUCGGCAUUGGGAUCGCUCCUCCGUCUCAAUCUCUCUUACAAUCAGCUUGGUGGGGCAAUUCCUUCUAUCAUCUCGGCUCUCUUCAGGCUCGUAUCUCUUGAUCUCACUAGCAAUCAGUUCACAAGCAAAAUCCCAGUUGGAAUGGGCUCCAUAAAAGAACUUCGAUUCUUGAGUCUUAGCGAGAAUCAAAUGGUUGGUGCUAUACCUUCAUCUCUUAGCAAUCUCACCGGCCUUGUGUCCUUGCACUUGGAAGAUAAUAAGCUUGUGGGUGUCAUUCCUAAGGAGUUAGGGAGGCUCCACGAAUUGAUUCCAUGCAAUUGGACCGGAAUUGCAUGCAAUUACACCGUCACAGGUAGAGAGCGUUCGGUGAUCAUCGAGAUAUCCCUGCCGAGCAUGGGCUUGGCAGGGCCACUUGAUGCUCUUGAUUUCUCGGCAUUAGGAUCGCUCCUCUAUCUUGAUCUCUCAUACAACCAGCUCGGUGGGAUAAUUCCUCCAGCCAUCUCGGCUCUCUUCAGGCUCGUAUCUCUUGAUCUAACUAGCAAUCAAUUCACAGGCAAAAUCCCAAUUGAGAUAGGUUUCAUGAAGGAUAUCCAGUUCUUGAGUCUUGACCAGAAUAAAAUGAUUGGUACUAUACCUCCAUCGUUGAGCAACCUCACCGGUCUUGUGCACUUGGACCUAGGCGAUAAUAAGUUUGUGGGUGUCAUUCCUAAGGAGUUAGGGAGGCUCCACAACUUGAUGUAUCUGGAUCUUGGGUUCAAUAGCCUAUCUAGUUCGAUCCCUUCCAUUCUAGGAAAUUUGACAAAGCUUGACCACAUGGAUCUCUACAAAAAUCAAUUGAUUGGAGUCGUCCCUCGAGAAUUAAAAAAUCUAGUUAAUCUCAUCUACUUAGAUAUCUCUUAUAAUUAUCUAAUAGGUGGAGUUCUUUCUUCUUUCAAAAAUUUAACCAAGCUAGAAUCAUUUUUUCUAUGGGGAAAUCAGCUCACGGGUCCUAUCCCUUUUGAGAUUGGAAAUCUCAUCGAGAUUAUCUUUCUCGACUUCUCAGAAAAUCUAUUAACAGGUUCAAUUCCUUUUUCUAUAGGAAAUAUGACUAAAUUAAAAAUUCUUCAUCUUUGGAGUAAUCAAUUGUCUGGACCUUUGCCUAUAGAGAUCAACAACAAUACUGGACUGACAUACCUAAAGCUGUCAAAUAAUAGCUUCGUCGGUUAUGUACCCCCAAACAUAUGCAAAGGUGGAGUCCUAAAGGACCUCACUCUUGAUACGAAUAACUUCCAAGGUCCCAUUCCCAAUACUUUGAAAAACUGUACGACACUAGAAAGGGUGCGUCUUGAACACAACCAACUCACCGGAGAUGUAUCUCAAUGUCUUGGAGUGUAUCCACAUCUUUAUUAUAUGGAUUUGAGCUUCAAUCAACUCUCCGGUACACUCUCACCAGACUGGGCAAGAUGGCACAAUCUGACGCUCUUCAUAAUCUCAAAUAACAACAUCACCGGAGUCAUACCCACCGAGUUUGGGCAGUUGAAGAAUCUGCAAGAGCUGGACCUCUCUUCCAACUACCUACAAGGAGAGAUCCCAAAGAGCUUCGGCAGCUUAACCCUUCUCUACAAUCUGAGCUUGAGCAACAACCAACUCGUCGGUCAGGAAGAAUCCCAGAUCAAUUAG